AUGGCUGACCCCCCAUCCCCCUUAAAUCGCGCUCAGGCCGAAUGGCGACGAAACUCGACAUUGUCCGACACUCUCUCUGAAGCCCAUCACUCGAUCCGUUCGUCCACGGACGGUCUCUUUCUCCCGCGUGUAACCGAAGAACAGCUGGAGGAAUCGAAUUGGCAUUCAGCACCCCUCGGGCUCGCCUUGCUGCCAGCGAUCGCGGGCAUCUUUUUCCAGAAUGGCAGUUCUUUCGUGACUGAUGUGACCUUGCUGGUGUUGGCGGCCAUCUUCCUCAACUGGGAUUGGUAUCGCUCAACUCAAGCAAUUCGCAAAGAAAGCAAUUUCUCCGAUCCUACAUUCGACGAUGAAGAGGUCAAAUCCGCGGAUUCUCCAAAUCAGCCGCACCAAACCCAACAGCAUCAAAAAUGUGCAUCUGCAGCAAGCAAAGAACUCCAAAUCCACGAACUAGCCGCUCUAGCCUCCUGCUUCAUCUUCCCAGUAGUAGGAACGUGGCUCCUCCACGGCAUCCGUUCAAGCCUCUCCCGCCCCUCGGAAGGCCUAGUAUCAAACUACAACCUAACAAUCUUCCUCCUGGCCUCCGAAGUCCGCCCAGUCGCGCACUUCCUAAGACUAGUGCAAUCACGCACCCUCCACCUACAGAGAAUAGUCUCCGAAGCCGAAGCCAACCCUCACAAUAUCACCAUAGACCCAAGCACGGUCCAAGAUCUAACAAAACGUCUUGAAGAGCUAGAAGCCCACAUCGCCGAGACAGCAGCCCUGCGUCUCCAGCCUCGAUCUCAAAAGGCCGGGAUCGGGCCUGGCACUGGCAAUGGAAGCGGCAAUGGGACUGGGAACCUCUCUCCAAAACAACAACCAGACUCCCCUUCCCUCCUCACCCAAUGCAUAACCGAAACCCGUCGCAGUAUCCAGCCAGACAUCGACGCUCUGAACCGUGCAGUGCGCAGAUAUGAGAAGCGCACGGCACUUUCAACACUGCAGACUGAUCAGCGCUUACUGGCGCUCGAGACGAAGACCCGCGAUGCGGUUUCGUUGGCGGCGGCUGCGCAGAGGGCUAGUGCGUCGCGCCGGGCUGGAUAUGCUGUUAUUUUGCUUGAUACUGUUUGUGCUUGUGUUGUUAUUCCCAUGCAGGGUUUCUUGUCGCUUGUUGCUUUGCCUGGAAGGGUUGUUUCUGGUUGUUUGGAUCGUGUUAGGGGGAUUUUUGGGUUCAAGAAGAGUGGAUCUAGGAAAGGGAGAGACAGGGAGAGAGAGAAGACGAGGGGAAAGGAGAAGGGUAGGAUUGUUGGGGGGCAGGUUGAGCUGCAGCAACAGACUGUUUCUGGUGUUCAGAGGAGAUCUGGGAAGGUCAAUGGGUCUGGGGUUGGGGAUGGGGUGUGA